AGCGUUGGUAGCACUAGCAGACGCCAUAUUGGCGUCUAAACGUCGUGCGAAACCACGCUGCUUGUCGCUGUUAAUUACCGUCAGGACCAAUUUUCCACGUACCGCCACGAAAAUGUCGUACAAGGGUCCGCAAAAAGUCCAGAAGGUGAUGGUCCAGCCCAUCAACCUCAUAUUCCGCUACCUGCAAAACCGCUCGCGCGUCCAAGUCUGGCUGUUUGAGAACGUGAACCUGCGAAUCGAGGGGCACAUCGUCGGCUUCGACGAGUACAUGAACCUGGUGCUGGACGACGCCGAGGAGUACUAUCAGAAGACGAAGGUCAGGAAACCCCUGGGACGGAUCAUGCUGAAGGGCGACAACAUCACGCUGAUACAGAACACGAAUCCCGGAGUCAACUAAUCAUGGUGGUGUAACCUCAAACACAACCUCAACCCGAGCCCAUUCGAAGCUGUAUGAAAAUUUGGAUAACUUAGGGAUAUCGUCGAGUGUUCUUGGAUUUCUCGGAGAGAAUGAACCGCGUGGCUGAUGAACGGGAUACGUUUGUCCUAGUUUUAAUUAAUUUCUACCGAGAGCGUAGCGUGUGACCACUUUUGACGAGCAUAUUUGCAUUGUAAUAUAAUAAUAAUAAGAAUAAUAUACAUACGUGAUAACAACUUUCGAAUUAAUGCUAAAUUGAAGAUGUAUGCAUUGUGAUUGGUUGGUUAGGCAAUCCAAAGUUGCUUAUUUUUGUUUUGUAUUGUGAGACAGUUCUUCUUGUAAACAUCCACCCUGAUGAAUGUGUAACCGUGCGAAGUUACAGAGGAUAAAUAGGAUGUACAUAAGCGGUCAUUAAAUAAUUUCAUGCUUCAA